ACCCAUCAUGCUGUGCGGUGGUCCCUGGUCAGGAGAUGCUGCUGGAGAUCUGUAAAGGAAGAUCAGGACUUGGACUCAGUAUAGUGGGAGGAAGAGACACCCAGCUGGACGCCAUAGUGAUCCAUGAGGUUUAUGGAGAAGGAGCAGCAGCCAGAGACGCACGGCUGUGGGCAGGAGACCAGAUACUCGAGGUGAACGGGGUGGACCUGCGUGGGGCGUCUCACGAGGAGGCCAUCGCCGCCCUGAGACAGACGCCGGCGACGGUCCGUCUGACGGUGCUGAGGGACGAGGCGCAGUACAGAGAUGAGGAGAACUUGGACGUCUUCAAGGUGGAACUGCAGAAGAGGAGCGGCCGGGGGCUGGGACUCAGCAUCGUUGGGAAGAGGAGUGGCAGUGGUGUGUUUAUCUCUGAGGUGGUCAAAGGGGGCGCCGCUGAGCUGGACGGUCGUCUGAUGCAGGGAGAUCAGAUCCUGUCAGUCAACGGAGAAGACACAAGACAUGCCUCCCAGGAAACUGUCGCUGCCAUACUGAAGUGUGUUCGAGGUCUGGUCCUGUUGGAGCUCGGACGACUCAAAGCUGCAUCCUGGAUCACCUCCAGACGCAACUCACAAGGAAGCCAGAUGAGUCACGUGAGUGGGAACAGCUCAGGCAUUGUGGUUCCACCCCUCACACAUACCUCAACAUCACCUGACCCUGUGAACUCUGACCCCCCGACAAUGACCCCCACUGGCUUACUGCCCCUUAACAACAACAUGGAGACCAUCAGUGACAUCACUUCCUCCUCUAACAGCACAGGGGUAGAUGCUGGUAUCCGAACAGUGGAGAUCACACGGACUGUCAGUGACUCUCUCGGGGUGAGCAUAGCGGGGGGGAAGGGCAGCCCGCUGGGUGACAUACCCAUCUUCAUCGCCAUGAUUCAGGCCAACGGUGUCGCUGCCAAAACGCACAAACUAAAGGUGGGGGACAGGAUCGUCAGUAUUAACAGUCAGUCUGUGGACGGUCUGUCGCACAGCGAGGCCGUCACCAUGCUGAAGAACAGCUACGGAAAAAUCAGCCUGAAGGUGGUAGCGGACACUAACAUCAGCGCCAUCGCCACUCAGGUGGAGAGUUUGACCAGCGGUUCCAUUCUGUCAGCCAACACUGACACACACACAGCCGAGCCAGAGGCCCCGCGGCCCCGCAGCAUCAGUCUGGCGAAAGGAUCUGAGGGACUUGGCUUCAGCAUCGUUGGAGGAUUCGGCAGUCCACAUGGAGACCUGCCCAUCUACGUCAAGACCGUCUUUAGCAAGGGCGCGGCGGCUGUGGACGGGCGUUUGAAGCGAGGAGACCAGAUCCUGUCUGUGAAUGGAGAGAGUCUGCAGGGGGCCACGCACGAGCAGGCCGUCAGCAUCCUGAAGAGACAGAGAGGAACCGUCACACUGGACAUCCUGUCAUAACACACACACA